UGUCUCCACGCAGCUCCGGAAAAAUGGCGUUCGUUCUGAGCAAGUCGUCUGCCUUCGGCGUGGCUGCCAAGCCCGUCUCGCGUCGCUCCAGCGUCGCCGUCAAGGCGUCUGCCGUGCCGGAGAACGUCAAGGAGGCCCGCGCCUGGAUCGAUGCCUGGAAGAGCAAGCAGGGCGGCGCUAAGCGCGACCCCAGCCUUCCCAGCUGGAUGCCCGGCGCUACCCUGCCCGGCUACCUGGACGGCACCCUGCCCGGCGACUUCGGCUUCGAUCCGCUCUACCUGGGUGCCGAGCCCUCCAAGCUGAAGUGGUAUGCCCAGGCUGAGCUGGUGCAUGCCCGCUUCGCCAUGUUGGCUGUCGCUGGUAUCCUGGUUCCGGAGCUGCUGACCAACAUCGGCUUCUCGUGGCCUGGUGCUGGUGUGGCGUGGUACGACGCUGGCAAGUUCCAGUACUUCGCCCCGGCGAGCUCGCUGUUUGGCGUUCAGAUGCUUCUGUUCGCUUGGGCUGAGCUCCGCCGGUACCAGGACUUCGUCAAGCCUGGCUCGGCUAACCAGGACCCCAUCUUCAGCAACAACAAGUUGCCGGAUGGCAAUGAGCCGGGCUACCCUGGUGGCAUCUUCGACCCCUUCGGCUGGUCCAAGGGCGACAUGAAGAGCUUGAAGACCAAGGAGAUCAAGAACGGCCGCCUGGCCAUGCUGGCCUUCGCUGGCUUUGCUGCCCAGGCCUACACAACCGGCACUACCCCCCUGAAGAACCUAGCUACGCACCUGGCGGAUCCGUGGGCUACCACUGUCUGGCAGAACGACCUGGCCCGCCUGUAAACUGCUGGCUGAUUGUUGCUAUCUUGACUGGUCCAUGCUGAUGCGUGCUAGCCAUUACUGAUGCGACAGUAGCAGGCUGCCAAGGUGUUUGGGGUAUAUUCCCCGUGUGAUGCUGUAACAGAUGCGGUGUCCACCUCGUAGCAUUACUGCAAGGGCACUUGCUUGUGGAUGUAGGCCGAGGCUUGCACUGAGAAAGCGGUUGACGGUUUUAUUUUGUUCAUCCGUGACCAUUGCGACUCGUGGUACUUGUAAGUUGGGGAUUUGGUCAAGCUAGUGACUACUACCAUACAUUCAAGGCAAAUUGUGGAGUCGGCAAAAACGCGGACGAUGCAAAAGACAUGUAACAGCGAUGUAUUGUCAUCCACAUAGAAACAAAACUUAAGUAAUACUCAAUCGG